GCCCUCGGCCGCCGGGGUGAGCACCGGGGUGGCUGCCAGGGCGGGUGCGUUGUGGACGCCCUUCAGGGUGUCGAGGGCAUCGAUGCUCUUGGGCCUGUUUUCGCGGCGGUACGCCUUGAUGUAGAAAUCGAGGAAGAGGCCGAAGAAGAUGCAUGAGUGCACCACCAAGAAGGCCGAGAUCAGCUUUGGGUAGCUGCAGUCCGACGAGAAGAGCGCGUUCGCCGAGUGCACGAAAACCAUCAGGAAUUGAACCUGCGGAAACGCCCUCCAGUCCUGCUCAACCUUCAGGGGGAUAGAAACACCCUUGCCGACUGCGCAGCACUGCUGAAAUGGAUCCUCAAAGUUGCUCUGCAGGAAAUCUUUCUGAUUGUCUUCAACCCUCUCCUCAAACAUUGGGUGGCCUACAGGAUGCACCUGAAGCUGGCUUUGGAGGCGCUGCCAAAAGGUAUUGGCACCUACUUUUUACAGAACUAGCAGACCCUCGCACAAAUGAUUGGCUCUUCAUCAGCAGCCCUGUUCCUGGCCUCACCAUCAUUGCCCUCUACCUUAUUUUCUGCCUCAAAGUGGGACCCAGGUACAUGGAAAACCGCAAACCCUUCCAACUGAAAAACACCCUCAUUGUGUAUAAUGCGCUUCAAGUGUAUGCCAGCGUGUGGCUUUUCUGGGAGGCUUGUGAAGGAGCGUGGUUGUCAACUUACAGUUGGAGAUGUCAGCCUGUGGACAACUCUACGUCACCCGAAGCCAUGAGGGUGGCUAGAGGAGUGUGGAUUUACUUCAUUCUUAAAAUCACAGAGCUUCUAGACACAGUUUUCUUUGUGCUGCGCAAAAAGCAAAAUCAGAUCUCAUUUCUGCAUCUCUACCAUCACACUGUCAUGCCUAUGAUUUCCUGGGGCUGCACCAAAUACUACCCCGGAGGACACGGCACUUUCAUUGGCUUCAUCAACACCUUCGUGCACAUCAUCAUGUACACCUACUACCUCCUCGCAGCACUUGGACCACAACUUCAGAAAUAUCUGUGGUGGAAAAAGUACAUCACCAGAAUGCAGAUGGCCCAGUUCUGCAUGGCCUUCCUGCACAACACCCAGCUACUGUUCUACGACUGCGGCUUCCCAAGGUGGACGGCCUUCCUCACGCUGCCCAACGCAAUCUUCUUCUACUACCUCUUCAAUGACUUCUACCAGCAGGCCUACAAGGAAAAGCAGGCCAGACUAAAGGCUGCUAAGGACGAAGCUUCCAAAAACGGAGCAACCAAAACUAGAUUAAAAGCUGAAUGAAUGGAAUAAUUGAUGCCUCCAAUUGGCCAAAUGUAAAUAUCUCUCUGUGGAUCCAAAUUUGCAAGGAACUAUGGCAAGUGUGAAACAAGGUGAGCUGGACGAGAAGCUCAUGAACCUCCAAGCAGUUAAAUGAAAAUCUCGUCAAUCCCUCAGCAUUAGUUUGUAUUUAUUUACCACGCUGUCAAGCUGUCAAGCCGACUAAAGAUGCUUGAAAUCUCCUUUCGGGAAGCAGAAUGAAUUGUAGCAAGUAAAAAAUCUAACCCUGUAGUAGGAUUUAGGAUUGUCUAUCAGUUGCGGGAGUUUUGCCGCUUUCUUAAAUUUUCUUCCAACAAAAACCGAUUUUCAUGUUUUUUUUCCAACCCAGGGUUUGCAUGUGAUCUUGUUUUGACGUUUUGGCGGCAAAAUCCCGUGUGAUCAGUACUUUUUAGUCAUGCAUUUUGCAAGAAGUUGAUGUAUCAUUGACAAAAUAUAGCUUGACACAUCUGAAAUGUGCUCAAAUGCCUUGUAACAUAAACGAAAUACACGAGUAAGGUUUUUGUAAUAUUGUACCUCAUUCUAUUAUUGCACUAGGUAACUUGAAAAAUAAAUUUUGAGGAAAUGUCGUCGCAAAUUUGUUAGAGAGUUAUGUCUCUUGGCGUGAUGCCUACCUAACAAACGUUUAGGCGUCUUUUUACAUUUUGCAUUUAAAACUUUGAUAAACUGUGUAGCAAAGAGAGGAAAAUUAUAGAUUCCAUUACAUAAUCUAAAAUAAUUUUUUCAGAUUCCACUUUCUUUUUUAUUCUGUGAUUUAGUAAAGGGCUAUUUUUUUGCGUAAUGUGUGUGAUUUUGUGGCUUGGCAAAAAGAUUUUAAUAUAAAUACGCAUUUUUGCAAUCAAAAAUUUUGUAUGUUGGCCUUAUAAAAUUAAGUGAAAAAUAAUUAGUCUGUCAAUGCAAUCAAAUCUUUUUGGCAAGCCAAUUUAGCUCUUGUAAUAUUUUAUGGUGUUAUUCAAAUAAAUAAUUGGACUCAAUUCAAUAAAUAAAUUUUCCAAGCAGGAUUUGGAAAAAAUAAAAAUUUCAAAUAAAUCGGUCAAUUUAUAAUCUACAUGAUGUGAGAAUUUAGAUCUGAAGGAAAAUACUAUUAAAUUUCCUCGACGGAAAAAGUUGUUACUCUUUAUUUCUAAAUGCACUAUGGAAUUGCCUAACCAUGUUUAAUUGUAGAGCAAAUAAUUGAUACAUGCAUAAUUGCAUACAUAUUAUACAGGUACAAGGUAGAAAAGCAAUAAAUUAUGCAUUUGCAAAACAAAAGAAUUUGCAUAUCUUGUAAAUAAGGGUUCUUUCUAUUUCAACUAAUUAUAAAGAAAAUCAUUAAUUUUGGAAAUUGAAGGUAGAUCUACACGUGGGUCAUCUUGCAUAUUACUAUAAAGUAUCUACUUGCAUUAUGGAUGGGCAUUUUAAUAAAAUGGUGAAAAGCGGAUUAUAUGGUUAUAAUCACAUAAUUACAAUUUAUAAAUAUGUUAUAAAAAGGAUGUGUAUAUCUUAGGUACAACACUACAAUAAAAUUUGCUAAACUUA